GACCGAUAAAUACAACACGACCCCGGGUGGCCGGCCGGGGCUGAGAUCGGAUCGGAAGCUUGGACAAGGUUUCCACCUGGAUGGCGAUCCGCAGGGGCCCUUCGUACGCCGUCGCGGCACUCCUCGCGCUCGCCUCUGUCGCCGCCGUCGCCGGCGAGGUCUUCUUCCAGGAGAAGUUCGAAGAUGGCUGGGAAAGUCGGUGGGUCAAGUCUGAGUGGAAGAAGGACGAGAACAUGGCCGGUGAAUGGAACCACACCUCUGGGAAAUGGAAUGGAGAUGCCGAGGACAAAGGUAUUCAGACCUCUGAGGACUACAGGUUCUAUGCUAUUUCAGCUGAGUACCCUGAGUUCAGCAGCAAGGAUAAGACCCUGGUGCUGCAAUUCUCUGUGAAGCACGAGCAGAAGCUUGACUGCGGUGGUGGUUAUGUCAAAUUGCUGGGUGGUGAUGUAGACCAGAAGAAAUUUGGUGGGGACACACCUUACAGCAUUAUGUUUGGACCAGAUAUCUGUGGGUACAGCACCAAGAAGGUUCACACUAUCCUGACCAAGGAUGGCAAGAACCACUUGAUCAAGAAGGAUGUGCCUUGUGAGACUGAUCAGUUGACUCAUGUUUACACUUUGAUUAUCCGCCCUGAUGCAACAUACAGCAUUCUCAUUGAUAACGAAGAGAAGCAAACUGGCAGCAUCUACGAGCACUGGGAUAUUCUGCCCCCUAAGCAAAUCAAGGACCCAGAGGCUAAGAAGCCUGAGGACUGGGAUGACAAGGAGUACAUUCCUGACCCUGAGGACAAGAAGCCUGAGGGCUAUGAUGAUAUUCCCAAGGAAAUUCCUGACCCUGAUGCUAAGAAGCCUGAGGACUGGGAUGAUGAGGAAGAUGGUGAAUGGACUGCCCCUACCAUUCCAAACCCAGAAUACAAGGGACCAUGGAAGCAAAAGAAAAUCAAGAACCCGAACUACCAGGGUAAAUGGAAGGCACCUAUGAUUGACAAUCCAGAUUUCAAGGAUGAUCCAUACAUCUAUGCAUUUGACAGCCUGAAGUACAUUGGCAUUGAGCUGUGGCAGGUUAAAUCAGGCACUUUGUUUGACAACUUCAUCAUCACUGAUGACCCUGCGUUGGCCAAGACUUUCGCAGAGGAGACCUGGGGCAAGCACAAGGAGGCAGAGAAGGCUGCUUUCGAUGCGGCUGAGAAAAAGAAGGAAGAAGAGGAAGCCGCCAAGGGUGGUGAUGAUGAGGAUGACGACCUAGAGGAUGAGGAAGACGAUGAGAAGGCAGACGAGGACAAGGCUGACUCUGAUGCCGAGGAUAGCAAGGACGACUCUGAUGAUGAGAAGCACGACGAGCUCUAGAUGGUGAGGAUGAUGAUGUUGUGGCCACCGAACUUGGAGCCGCUGGCCUGGAUUUAUCAACUCUCCCACUAUGAACUUCUCUUUUUUCUGUGAUCAUCGACAAGUUACUGCAUAGAGCAUUGCUAAUAAGCCGAGGGAUAGUUUGGGUUGCUGUAGCGUUUUUUUUUUCCCAUUAUUAGAACUGAUAGCACUGGACAAGGAAGAUGUUUGCUCACAACUGAUAUCUCCCAUUCUUACGUUAAAUGUGAUCCUGCGAAAGCAUAGGUUUCGUGACGCACGUGGACUGCAGCGUCGUUUUGCCGUUUUCGUUUAGAGAACAUUCGUGCCUGUUUACUGUUCUAGGUAUCGCUAGGGUCUUGUUUCGGGCAAAUAGCUGCUCCGUCUCGUGUCUGGCAAACUCUGCUUUCCUAUCCGUUUCCUGCCAGCGCCACUGCUUUUGCCUGGUAUGAGAUUUGUUUAAAGAGAAUCACAGAAUUUUUUUU